AGUUUCUGCAUCUCUCUGGUGUUGGUUGCUCCGUGCAGUGUCGAGCAACAAUGGGGCUCCUCAGCAUCAUUCGAAAGAUCAAGAGAAAAGAGAAAGAAAUGCGCAUUCUUAUGGUAGGUCUUGAUAAUUCAGGAAAAACUACGAUUGUGAUGAAGAUUAAUGGGGAGGACACAAGUGUCAUCAGUCCCACUCUUGGCUUCAAUAUCAAAACCAUCACUUACCAGAAAUAUACCCUGAAUAUAUGGGAUGUUGGGGGCCAAAGAACCAUAAGAUCGUAUUGGAGGAACUACUUUGAGCAAACCGAUGGUCUAGUGUGGGUGGUUGAUAGUUCAGAUCUUAGAAGAUUAGAUGAUUGCAAAAUGGAACUUGAUAAUCUUUUGAAGGAAGAGAGGCUUUCAGGGGCAUCCUUACUAAUACUGGCUAACAAGCAAGAUAUUAAAGGUGCUCUUACACCAACAGAAAUAGCCAAGGUGCUUAACCUGGAAGCAAUGGACAAAACUCGACACUGGAAAAUUGUGGGGUGCAGUGCAUACACGGGUGAAGGGCUGCUUGAGGGAUUUGAUUGGUUGGUUCAGGACAUUGCCUCGAGGAUCUAUGUGCUUGAUUAAUUGUUGGAGAAAAAACCUGAAUGCAAUGUAAUGAUGGAUAACUAAUUGGCAUUUUGGACACUUAAAGAUGAUACAUUUCUGUAUGAUUGAAUGAAGCUUACAAAAUUUGUUUUUGUCUAUACAUUUCUCAUGAGCAUCAUGGACGAUCCAUUCCUACAUAAAUGCAGAUUACAAUUACAGGUUUAAGUUACAGAGUCAUGGUCCCAGGUUGAGUCCCUAGCAACUUCAUGGAUGGUGUCUGAACUCUAAAUUAUGUAUCUGGUAAAUAUAUCUUUAAAUUUUCCCUUAGUCGGAGCCAUUUCUGAUUCUUCCAGCUUCCCUUUGCCAAUGCAAAUUUAAGUGGUGACUAUUUGACCCAAGCCCUACUGAAAAAUAUCUUGUGCCAGUCAGUCACUGAAUCCAAUACGCUCAGUCAUGACAUGGCAUGGACUAUAAGAAUACAGAGAAAUAAUCCAAAUUGUCAUCCGUUAAUUGAGCAUCAUAACAACAUUGCUGCUCAGCAGGUUUUUCAAAUCAAACAAAUCAAAAUAGCUUUUUGGAAGACUUUUUAUAUAUGGAUUAAAAUCAGUUCUGGAAAAUUAUUGGUAUUUCAUUACAAUAAAGAAAGAUCAUUGAGUCAA